UCUCUCUCUUUGCAACUCUCCUCCCUUCUCUCUCUAAAAUGUCUUUGGCUAUUCAGAAAGAACGGCUUCGCCGUUUAGUUCAGGCGAUGUACAUUGAGGGAAUUGUUAAUGCUGCCUUCUGUGAGUUGCAAUCAAUGAAGGAAGUUAUACAACCUGACUUUGUUGUGCGAGCAAUCACUCUGUACUGCUUAGCAGCCCAAAACCUGUUUUCCCUUCUCACCAGUCAGCUUGAUCAAACUGACAUUGACUUCUAUCAAGUACAAGUUUAUGCUCGUGAUCUGCUUGAAAGAAGCAGCAGUGUUGGUGCGGAGAAUGUUAUGAUUGCAUGUGCUGACCUCAUUCUCGCUUCCCAAGCAAAUGAUAAAGACUAUUGCUCUCGGGCUUUGAAUUCGACAAAGAAUGAUUUUUCUCGAUUGCGAAGAGAUUUGGAGACCAUUGUUCAGGUACCUGCAAAAUCUAUGCAGUUGGUGUACGUUAGAAUAUAGGUCCAACCUCUGUGCAUGCAAAGUCAUCAGAAAGGCAGGAGACCAAUUGCCUAGCUGACGGAGUGUAAAAAUCAUCAGAAUUGGUGAUGGACAAGUUGAAUGCACGUACAACCAGGUCCAAUGCAGGUAGGAGAUCAAGACGCUAACCGUGGCCAAGAACUGUUUGUUGUUCCAGAUCCAAUGCAGGAAGGAGCUUAGUGCGUGCUUUGUAAAGAGAGGCGUGAACGGGGCUCUCCCAGAACUGGUUGAAGGAGAUCAAGUAAUGCCAAACCUAUUUCAAAAAUGUAUCUUUUAACCAUCCAAGCUUUCCAAAUGAGACGAGUAAAAAAUUUCGAUUGAAAUACUUAUAUUGGGGAUAACAUAAGCUGUGUACCAGUCAAGAUCAUUGAGUGCAAUAGUCAAAGGAAUUCUUAAUGAUAUCAGGGAUGGGUUGAAUUCUUCUGACUGUUCCUGAAGUUCGCUUUGUGGUUUAUUUAUUUAUUUUUAUCCCGGCAAACUAGGGGGAGGGGGGUGACCAGAACACGGGCACAUUUGCUCAGGUACAUUUGCUGGGGAGCUGGGCGCUCUGCUAGCUAGGCCACCGGGUAAUGCCCAUUUACUUUCUCAUAUGCAAGAGAAGAUAAUUUAACAAUUCAAUUUUUGCAAGGUGGUUACAGUUCUUAUAAUAAAUGUUUUGCUCCAUCCCUCCUGUUUUC